CUAGCGCGAGUGCAUUUGUCAUGACUUGUAAUUUAUGACAUUUUGACUUACGACACCAAAUGGAAUUUUACGGAGAUAUGUAUAGUGUUUAGACAUUGUAUCAUACGCGGCGAGAAUGUGGGGCCGAGCGCAACUGCUCGUGCUGAUGACGCUUCUUCAUGCCCAAGGAGACGAAGCCCAAGAAGACAACGAGCUGCGAGUGGGAAGAUCCAUCGACAUCUUCACCAGAUACGGGUACCUGAGCCUGAGCGUGAAGGUGGUGCCCAAAAACGAAUCCACAUGGCUGUUCCGUGAGCCGACGAUAGACAUCUUCGAAGGACUGAACCAGUACGCUGUUCCGAGCAAGCGGCAGUCGAAGAAGCGCCUCGUCUUCGACGGCAACUUCCACAUGGAGUUCUGCGACAACUCCAACCAGCUGCUGCAGGCCUACUUCCGCGACUUCCAAUUCCAAGGGCUGGACAAGCCGUGGAAGGCGUUCACGGGCAGCUGGACGCCGGAAACGAUAGCCAGGAAUUUGGGCAUCAACUCCUCCUUCAUCACCUCGGACAGUUACUGUUUCGUGCUGGUGCGGUUGUCGCGCUACCGCGAAGGUGUCAAGUUGACGAGGGUUCCGAACAACAUCAAUCUGGCGGACGUGGUGGCCAGGGAGAUCGACAAUAUGCAAGUGGGGGAUGUGGGGAGUGUCGUUACGUUCAUCAAGAAGUACGGGUCUCAUUUCAUCAACUCCUUCGUGACCGGAAACUCUAUUUAUCAGGUUUUCGUCUACAACAAAAACUACUACCAGCAGAUAAAAGACCGGCUGAAAACGCGCGGUAUUUCGCACGUGAACAAGCGCGAUCUCCUGCAGUAUUUCGGCCCGGUCUACGCGGAACACCUGGGCACCAUCAAGGUGGCCAGCGGAAAUAAAACAGUCGAACGAUGGGUGGAGGAGCACCUGCGGAUGCACUACUACAUCUUCAGCUUCCAAAGCCUGCUCAAAGUCCACGGGGACUUGGCGCUGCUGUCGAUUCUCAACAAUCUGCUGCUGAACGAGGCCGUGGUGGAGCUGGAGAUGAAAACCUUGGCGCCCGCGUUCAAAGACCCCGAGAAGAGGGCGUGGUUCGAGGAAGUGCUCGGGAACUUCAUCAAACUCUGGGAGGUUAAUUUGUGAUCGUAACAAUAAGGGGUUUUGUGGUUACCGCAAGAUCUCCAAAUUCUAGUGAGCUUUUCCAUGGAGUGUAAAUAUUAGGGUGUUUCAUUUAAAACUACAAAAUAUUGCUCAAAAAAGUUUGAGCCCUUAUAUUUGAUUCUAAGUACUUCCUUUUUCAUUUUGAAUGAAAAGUUAUGAGUCAUUUUUUUACAUUGUUCACAUAUUUUUGAAAAUAU